UUAGGAUUUUUGAUCUAUUACCCUAUGGUUUUGAUUCAUAAAAAUUAGGGUUUUAAGGUUUCAUUCUUUAUCAAUCAAUCCAUGUUUGAUUAUGGGUUCUUAGGUUUUGAAUUACCUUUUAACCUUAAAUGAUUGUUGAACAGACCACCAAAGGGAUGAAACCGCAAACUGGAACACGAACAGGACGCGAGCUGACUGCUAUCGGAUCGCGAACAGAUUGAGGCUGAGGUCGCGAGCUGUCCGUGAGCUGCAGUUGUCGCGAACAGGAUGCUUGCUGUCGGGAACACGAGCUGUCCGGGAUGCGAGCUGAGGCUGAGUUCGUCUGAGCUAGGAUCGGACUGAGAUCGCCUGUAGACUGAGCUGAGACGAAUCAGGAACGCCUAUGAACUCCUUUGAUCUGAAUGGAAAAGAGAGUUUGAUCGCACGGGCAGCAACUCCUCUCGGCUUGAACUCCUUGUUGAUAUUAGAUUUUAAUUCCCUCGCUUGCACAGAAGUUGAGUUCGGCUAGAAAAUCCUUGUUGGAAUCGGAUUUGGUUUCCAAAUCAAAUCGGCGCGCACUAUAUCUGUGCGUGAGGGCGCGUCGGUGGUCAGAUCGACAAGCGGUUUGCACUGACGGAUUCGUCUCGGCGAGGGCUUCGAUUUGAUAUGUUGAUCAUUUUCUGGGUCUUCACGGUUUGAGAGAACGACCACUUUGAAGUUCCGAGGCAGAUUCCUUUGCGUUUAGGGUUUGAUGAUUUUCGGCUGAGUUGAAGAAUAUUUCGUGGGGGCUUAGGGCUAUAGGCUAUCGUGCUGAUAACGUGUUCUAAAAAUAAAGGAAAAGUCUAUCUUUAUUCAUAACAUAGAGGUUUCUUAUAUAGGAGAUUACACCGUCAUAGAUUAAUGGAAAAAUUACAAAUCAUAAUCUCUUGGUUAUGAGUCAUCCACAAUAUGGUUCAUAACAUUAACUAAGAAAUAAGAAAAUAGGUUGUUAACAUGUGAAGGACAUCGGUGAGGGUUUAACAAAAAAAAGAAGUUGAUGCAAUUAAGCCAACUGACAUAAGUUUUGAGGAUCUAUGGAAAAAAAAAUGAAGAGUGUAAAAUAUUAAGGAUUUAGAGUUGUUAUAUAUAUUUUCUAAUAUUAUCUGGACAUUAACAAGAGGUUCAGAUAUCCAAUAUUUUCUAACUUAAUACACAUUUCAAUAUUUUUAUAGAUCGGAGCGACUUCGAGUUUGGAUAUUUCGGAUAGGAGGUAUAAGAGCUUCCGCAUCGACGGUUUAUAACCGGAUCACGGGCUCGGGAUCCUAGGCCCAUUCGAUUAAAAGAAAAUGUUUAUUGGGUUUAAUAUCGUGAUCCGUCUCUUGCGGGUGAACCCGUAUGAUACGGGGUCAAGCCACGCGUCGAUAGCAUAGUGGACACGCGAGUCCGCGUGUAGACGGAGAAAAAAAGGGAUUCGCGAUAGAUCAUUCAUUUUCACUUCUCUCUUCAAAAGCUAGGGUUUCAUUCUCUCCCUGGCGAUUUUUCGUGUGACGCAAUAGCCGGAUCAUUCUCUCAUCUUUCUUCGAUCUAAUCGACGUCGUACUCUCUCGUAGACGAUCUGAGGUGAGUAUCCACUAGUUUCACCGAUUGAUUCAAUCGUUUGGGGUCGAAAGCGUUUUAGGUUAAAAAUCGAUUUGGGGGUUUUCAUUCAUGGUUUUGGGGGUUUUGUCGUAGGGUUCGAAAUCGAAAAGGGGGUAUAGAUUUCUGGUUUAAAAUCGUCAUGCGGGUACGUUUAUUUGGGAUUUGUAAUCGAUUUAGUUUAUAGUUAGGGUUCUAAAAGGAAUCGUUUUUUCUGAUGCAGAUGGAUCCCGCAGCAGAGAUAAGAGAUUCAAAGAGGACAAAGGAGUACAUCAACAUGCUCUCUUCUGUGGCUGAUUCAGAGUACGGGAUUCCGACGAGGUGUCCCUGUGGUGGCAGUAUCAUUCACGAGGUUCGUGGGAAGGACGACUACGAUACUCUUCCUGGGAAGCGCUUCUUCACCUGCAAAAACUACGAGGCUGAUGGGUUUCAUUAUCGUCAGCCUUGGGUCAUUGGUGUCGAGGAGCAGAUCGAACGCCUCACUAAGCGUCUGGAGGAGGUGGAGGUGGUGAUAAAUUGGGUGCUGGAGGUCAAUAACCACAUUCAGAGACUGGAGGCAGAGGUUGAUAACCUCACUGGGCAGGUUUAUAACCUCUCUAUGCAGGUUGAGGUCUUGGAGAAGCUCUGCUUCGACUGAAAACAAAAGGUCACGGGUUCAAGGAGGAGGAUGCGUGUGGACGUGGUUGUAGGUCUCGGUUUCUUUAUGUAUCAUAUCAAGUCACGAGUAAGGUUGAUGGUUGUAGUAGUAUUAUGUCAGAUUGAAUCACGGGAGAGUGUAGUAUUUUGUAUGUUUCUACACUCGUUUUAGGACCUUCGGUUAAUAUGGGUGUAUGUACCCACAGGAUGUGUUUUCAAGUCACGGGUGUAUGUCCCCACGACUUGCCUUUUCAACUCACGGGUGUAUGUACCCGAGCAACUUGACUCAUGUAUCUCUAUAUAUAUAAACUAUGUCUUUCUAUUA